UGUGGGAGCGCUCAGCCGGCGUUCGCCUCUUGUUUUGGCUCGCUCGCUGGUAUUUUUAGCGCGGCAGCGGUGAGGCACCGCGGGGGAAGCCGGCGGCUCGCUGGGACUGUGCUGAGCCUAAACCGUGAGGGAUUUUUAGCCGGAUGCGUGCCGGUCCUCAUCCUUGCAGCCGGUGCGGGUAUUUCGGAUCCGGGAUCUUCAUCUCCUAACCGUGCUUCGGUAGCAUCGCGGCAGGGCCGGUUUAAUGCCUGGCUGCCGCGCUCCGGGCCCGGCAGGAGGGAAAAUCCGAAACCCUUUGGAGCCGGCACAAUGGAUGUCCUGGUGCACCAACGGCCACCUGAUGUGCGCCGGCUGCUUCAUCCACCUCCUGGCAGACGCUCGGCUGAAGGAGGAACAAGCCACUUGCCCGAAUUGCCGGUGUGAGAUCAGUAAGAGCCUGUGUUGCCGAAACCUGGCUGUGGAAAAAGCCGUCAGCGAGCUGCCCUCCGAGUGCGGCUUCUGCAUGCAGCAAUUCCCCCGAUCCCUCCUGGAGAGGCACCAGAAAGAGGAGUGCCAGGACAGGGUGACCCAGUGCAAAUACAAGCGGAUCGGGUGCCCGUGGCAGGGUCCCUACCACGAGCUGACGGUGCACGAAGCCGAAUGCACCCACCCCACCAAAACCGGCAACGAGCUGAUGGAGAUUUUAGACGAAAUGGACCAAACGCGGAAAAAAGAAAUGCAGCUUUAUAACAGCAUCUUCAACCUGCUCAGCUUCGAGAAGAUCGGCUACACAGAGGUGCAGUUCCGCCCGUACCGCACCGACGACUUCAUCACCCGGCUGUACUACGAGACGCCGCGCCUGACCGUCCUCAACCAAACCUGGGUGCUGAAGGCGCGGGUGAACGACUCGGAGCGGAACCCCAACCUCUCCUGCAAGCGCACCCUCUCCUUCCAGCUGAUCCUGAAAAGCAAAAUCAAUUCCCCCAUGGAAUGCUCCUUCCUCCUCCUGGAGGGGCCCUACGACGACGUCAAGAUCCGCCCCGUCAUCUACCACUUCGUCUUCAGCAACGAGAGCAACGAGACGGAUUACAUGGCACUGCCCAUCCUCGACUCGGUGGAGUGCAACAAACUGCUGGCGGCGAAAAACAUCAACCUGCGGCUUUUUAUAUUUCAGAUCCAAAAAUAAAACUCGGAAAUUCCAACAACAACAACAAAACCCGGCGGCAACAACAAAAAAGAACCGCGUCCGCGCGCGACUCCCCCUCCGCCGCCGUCGGACCCUCCUGGGCGCGCGAAAACCCAGCGAACGCGCCGUAAUUCCCAUCGAUCGGCGAGCGAAGG